AUGGUUGACUGGCUUAAAAUAGCUGAAGAAGUGAAGUUGUUCUGCGAAACAGUUACAAUCAGAGGAGUGGCAAGAAUCGUGAAAUCGAAAAGAAUUGUUGUGGCCGUACUGUGGCUGGUUGCGGUCAUCACAUGCUCCAGUUUCCUUAUAUGGCAGUUGUGUCUCUUGUUCGUGAAAUACUUCACGUUUCCAAUCACGACGACGAUCACAGAGCAAGAUGUUGAUCCAGUCUUUCCCACUGUGACCAUCUGCAAUUUAAAUCCAAUUCUAAUGGUUAAGAAAGAGUACACAGAUCUGCUAUCAUGGUCCCAACAUUUGAAAAACGUCGAGCACGCAUUGAACAACACCAACUACGAUGCUUUGGCUCAAUAUUAUCCAAAUAUUCCCAAAAAAGACGCGCAGAAUCUAGUGAGAGACCUCGAGUCGCCGGGCGGUUAUUUUGCAAAUUUUCAAGUUUUCAACCAAAAAAAUGACACCGACGUUAGCAAGGAUUUGAUUGUCGACUCAAGUCUCGUUGGGUGGGACUGGGUGAGAUCCAAUGCGAGUGUGGAUAUUUUGGAUCAGUGGGAUUCCAACUAUUACAACUGUUUCAAAACAGAAAUCAAAAGCCAAAACAGAGGAAAUAUAAGAUCGAUGAGUUUGAUUCUCUACAUCAACAACUUCCCUACUGCUCUACUCCCAGGCCAGUAUCAGCUGGGCAGCUUAACAUCCAAAGCCACUGGUGUCAGGAUCACAAUUCACCUUCCAGGCACGAGAGGUGAAAUGAAGAACGGUUUGAACCUCAGUCCGGGAACUGAAAGCACCCUUUACAUACAGAUGGUCAACAGAAGCAGACUGCACUAUCCAUACAGUGCAGAUGAUUGCACCGACGAUUUCAACUUCACGCCCAAUAUUAGCGGAUACUUUUAUAGCAGAGAAGAUUGUACAGACUAUUGCAUUCAACAAAAAGUCGUCGAUGUCUGCAAAUGUUUGUCGUUAGAACAUCUCUCUUCAAAAUCUCAGCAACAAAAAGCCAGUUAUACUUUUUGUGGAAACAUGUCGAAUAUCGGCGGCAGUGACAAAAGCCUGGCCAGCUUCAACGGGCCAAAAAAUUCUGCAAAUUAUUACUCAAACACUAGUAAAGUUUUACCAGAAUUUGUGAAAAUGUUGGCAUGUCAGAAAUCAAUUUUAAUGAACGAAUCCAAUUCCUGUCUGAACGCAUGCAAGGUACCCUGCAAAGAAGUUUAUUACGAUUACCGCAGCCUCUAUGCCGAUUGGCCCGACGUCACUCAGCACCUGUCCGUCUACAGAAGCUACGUAAGAAACACUACUUCGAGAAUGGUCAACGCGAGUCUCUUCGAAGCAUACGACGAAUUGGACAGCCAGGUUGUAAAAGGAAGCAUGGAUGAGAAACACGCCAUCGACAAGUUGAAGCAACUGGACUUGAUCAAAAAUAACUUUCUGCAGAUAAACAUCGUCUUCGAAUCCGACAAGCCAUACAUCGUGAAGGACGAGGCGACGAUGACCUCGAUCACCAUGCUGUCCUCGGUUGGGGGCAGUCUGAGUUUAUGGCUGGGCAUAACGAUUAUGACGCUGGCUGAAGUGGCCGAGUUCAUUUUUAAUUUGAUCGUUUUGUCUGUCGGCAGGAAAAAAGAGAUUCAACCGAAAAGAGCUGCAACGGUAAUUAAAAGCAUGCCGCCUGAUGACAAAUUUUGA